AUGACAGUCACACCUCAGGACGUUACCGUCUUGAUACAGAGCGAGGGUAGUGGAGUGUCGCCAGAAGCAUAUGAUGCAGCCAACGAAUCUCAGGAUGCUAUUUCUAAACGAACAAACCUGCUAUCUCCCGUCUUAGAAGCUCUCAAAUCACAAGAGGACCCUGCCACGCUGGAAUCCAUAGCAAAAGCAUUGGGUGAUGGAAGCCGAGAUGUUGCUUGGAGGAUACCCUACGGAGACUCAGGCAUUCUUGAGUUCUUUCUCGAUGUUCUUGCUUCUGAUGAACAGCAAAGCCAUGGUGUCAAGGUUCAGGCUCUGCGUGUUACUGGCAAUUCUUGUGCCGAUACGGACCAGAACCGAGCUCGGGUCGUUGAGGGGAGGUACAUUAUUUCCUUCAUCAACCAUCUUCAGGACAAAAGCCUUGUCCCGUACUUGAUUCCUGUCCUCUAUAAUGUCCUUGUAGACUACGAACCCGCUCAACGUCUCGCAUCUGAAUCCAGACUGAGCAGUCAUCUCAUCGCUCUUUUGCAGUCCCCCAAUCUCUCCGACUUCAGUCCUCUAGUUACCUACUUCUGCAAAAUCUUCGCCCUUCUUAUCGCACAAGACGGCGAGGUAGCCGUCGCGGACCCUCAAACUGCCUCUACACUCCUCAAGCUUGCUGCCAGCCCUGACCACAACUCUGAUAUCGAGGACUUCCUUGCUCUUGUAUCGACUUCAGCAAGCUAUCUCGCAAACGAAUCUUUCCAAGAACGACUUCUUACGUCGAAGCAGGCAGAUGUCUUUGUCAAAGUGUUUUACAUCGCGCACACGCAGUUUGACUCGGAGCUUGAUGAUGAGGAUACAGCUAAGGAGCUGGGACAGCUUUGUACUUCGUUGCUCACGACGUUGGCUGAUCUGACUGGCAAUGAUGCUUUCCCUGCGCUUUACCCUCUCGAAAGUUCGGUACCUCAGUCACUUCUGAGAUGGCUGAAGGAGCCACAUUCUAUUCUACAGUCUGCGGCUUGUCUCGCUCUCGGCAACCUUUCACGAUCGGAUCAGGCCUCUACUGCUUUCGUACAGAAAUACCAGGCUCAUGAUCCUCUCGUUGCAAUUCUUUCUGAUUCAGAGGUUACUGACGCUCAGCUUCUCCACGCCGCGCUGUCGUUCCUCAAGAACCUUGCCAUCCCCGCACAGAACAAGCCACUGCUGGGAGAUCUCCUUGAGCCCGCAGCAAUUCCUCGGAUAUUGACUAUCGACACUCUUCUGCAAGUUCAGUUCUCAGCAGUUUCGCUACUUCGCCUGCUUCUUGUCAACUGCGCAGGAAAUGUCCGCCGAGUUACCUUGCCGAGAACUGCUGAGGCAGAAGGAUCUUCCAGCAAGCAUACAACUGUUCACGAUGUGAUCUCGCUAUUUGAUCGCUCUGAUACAGAACCUACCAGGCUUGAGGCUGCACGAAGUGUUGCUACUGUGUGCCGUGUACUUCAUACCAUUCCCGUCGAUGAAGUCCUCUCCGGAUGGAACUCUGAGAAUGAAAAAGCACAAUCGAGGAGCCUGUUCUAUGCCGGCCAUGACCUUUCCCAAGUACUCUCCUUCCUCAUCACCCAGGAGAAGUGGCCCAUAUUAAGAUCCGAGGCAUGGUUUGUCUUUGCUCUCAUGUCACGAUCCAAGGACGGCGCAAAGGUUGUCGCUCAGGUGCUUACUGUUUCCGGGGCCACAGAUGCUCUCAGUUAUGCAGUCAUUGGAAAAGCCAACCCAGACAACCAAACUCCUCAGAUCGAGGCCGGCGCUCCAGAAAUCCCCCCAGGUAUUCCGGAAGAGCUCGCUUUGGAACCUCAGCAGGUUGACCCCAAGCAAAAAGCGAACAUGGCCAAGGUGGACAGAGAAAAUUGUUUGGUGCUGUGUACCGAAGUUGUCAAGAAUGGAGAGACCCUGGAGUCGGAUCAAGUGAGUCGGCUGCAAAGCUUGGUCAGGAAGGGUACCGAGUUGCUGGGCAAAAAGGCGGAUGAGUAG